UGGAGAUUGCAUGUUCUCCCAUACUUGCAUGGGUUUUUUUCUGCAUAUGCCUGGCUUCCAUUAUUGUUAGGCUGACCUGCGCUUAGACGAGGACUGCUGCUCAUCAAAAAAAGGAGCUUCAUUUGUCCAAUUUCUGUGACCUUGACAAACAUUUUUGAAACUUGACCCACUGAGUAUGGACUGGCGUCUCCACAACCCUGAGCCAGUGACCGUUCCGUACCUGAGCCCGCUGGUGCUGUGGAAGGAGCUGGAGAGCCUUCUGGAGAAUGAGGGCGACCCAGUAAUUACAGAGGCUGACAUGGUGGACCAUCAUCCGAUCAUCUUCUGGAACCUUGUGUGGUACUUCAGACGGCUGGACCUACCCAGCAACCUGCCGGGACUCAUUCUCACCUCCGAACACUGCAAUAGGGAAUCCCAGAUCCCUCGUCAGUGGAUGUUAGAGGACAGCAAACAUGUGUUGAUCCAGAUACUGUGGGACAACUUGAAGCUGCAGCAGGACCCCGUUCAGCCCUUUUACAUUCUCUGGAACACGUACA